AUGAGUCGAUCUGUGUUACUGUUCAUCGUGAUAUUAACAAAAAUAACUGAGAAUACUUUAAAUAGUUAUGAAUUAGUCCAACCCGUGGAAUAUUAUCCAUUUUUUGUUGCUAUACUGUACUACUUUAGUGAAAAACAUCUAUUACGACAAUGCACUGGUUCUGUAAUAAAAUCACACAUCGUGUUAACCUCUUCGCACUGUUUACAAGUGAAUGUAGGCUUUAUAGAAUACGACUUAAGCACUAAGCCUAAAGAGUUAUCUAGUACAAGUGAGAGGAAACUGAAGAAGGUUAUAAAGAUGAUACGCCCAAAGAGAAGAGGAAAUAAACCAAAAUUUGUGGAUGAAAUUGCAACCGUAGGAUUGUUAGUUAUUACUCCUUUUCUUCUAGAAGAUGACAUGGAGAUUUAUGGAUCUGUAUCUUUAACAGAAAAUUCACAUAUAGGUCAAACUCUCAUUUUCGCUGGGCUUAGACCUCUGGAAUUACCUAAAGGUUUUAAAGGAACACAUGUGCCAGAUCCAGAUGUAUUUACAGGAAUGGGUACGGUUGUUAAAUGUCCGGCUAUGAAUUCUAUAUACGGUUGCAUUAGAGAAAAUGGGUAUGAGAUGCCUGCAAGAUCAGGUGGUCCGGUGAUGAAUGGUGAUGAAAUUGUGGGAGUAAUUAACCAACAUUUUAAAUUUGGAUCCAUGGAAUUAACCGACACGUUUACAUUUAUACGUGUAGCUAAAUAUAAGUCGUUUAUUGAUGAAGAAUCAAAAGCAGCUCAACCGAAUAAUAAAUCUUUUAGUUCAGAACGCAAAUCAGAGUCUCCUAAGAACAUAAGGCGAAAAAAGAAUGAACUUACUAGAAUAUCACUUCGUUUGAACAUAAAUACAUCAUUUUGA